CUUGAACCCUGGGUAGACGAAUUGCAGUAGUCCUGAAGAGGAAGUGCAAUGUUGUGGAUUCAAAUAUUGAUUAAGCGUAAACAAAGCCCUCAAAUUGGUUUCAUGGCAUAAUUGAUACUAUUGCCUAGAGGCUUAGAGGUCCAAAAGUUUCUAACAGGAAGUGAGAUCGCGCCACUGCUGCCUUUCUCAUGUCAUUUCCUUGGCACCAACCAGACAUUAGUAGGAUUCGUGCAGAGGAAUUGUUGCUGAGCACGAGGAAAAAUGGCUCUUUUAUUAUACGAGACAGCGAAAGCAUUUCUAAUGCACACGUCUUGUGUCUAUUGUAAGUAUCUUUUGAUGUUGAAAGUCACAUUUUUGUUGAUGUGUUGCAAGUAUAGUAUUACGAACCGCUGUCACAUCACUGCAGGAAUUAGCAAAUAGAUUAUUGUACUAAUUCGUCGAUAACCUUCCUGAUAAUCUAAACAGAGACCCAGUUCCUGACCUGAGGUUCCUUUAGAUUGAAAAAAAAAAAAAAACUGAACAUCCACCACUCUAGCACUAAACAUGAUCGACUUUGAAUACAUCACUAUUAACAAGACCUCUGCUCAUUGAACAGCCUGCAGAAUCAACCAUAAUCGAUUUUCCAUGACUGACAAUUUAGAGAUUCAAGGUUAGGAUAGACUCCUCUGAAGAAUAGUCAAUAUCCUGCAAAACCUGCAAUCGCUCUGACGAAGGGCUAAUGCUCAAAACGUCAGCUUUUUUACCCUUAACGGUGGCCAAUUUACGUUUUCAACUCAGUUGUUAACACUAAAUUACCUGCUAUACUCUGCCACCUACGCAGCACCACAGUUUCUUUAGAAACUUACCCCCCUUAAAACCUGCAAAGGACUGUUUUGUGACCUUGACCCCCUAACAGCGACAAGUAUCUAAUUUCUGCUUACAACAUCACACCUAAAUCAAACAUUAAGGUCACUAGAAUAAAAGAAAUGAUAACUAAUAACUGUAAAACUAUAAAGAGUGAAUAGACAGAGAACUCCUUACAUGUACUUGACUCUCGUCUUCUCGGAUGGGACAUAAAACCGUAGGCCCUGUCUCCCGCAGGGUUGGGGUAGGAGACGUUAAUUUCCCACGGACAAGAUUACUGUGUGGUGGAUGUCCUCCCCUGGGGUGGGAUGGGUGGUUAAUAUUUAUUGGGGUUGAAUAUCAAUUGAGACAUCAUCUUGUUUUCUUCUCCAGUUGCCGAUACUAUUCUGUACGUGUAACAAAAUUUCAAUAAAGAUAAAGACUCUGAUGAUGACUAUUGACAACAGUUCCCUUCAGUACCACUCAGCUCAGUUAUUCUGUAUAGUUGAGCUUCCUAACUUUUUCUGAGUUGCCAUGUGUGAUCAACCUCCCCUUUGGUAGAAAUUUUGCCCUAUGAAACUUAUAAUUCUAUAUUGACCGUAAAAAAACCCUGUAGUGCAGAGAUUUGUAUGAGGGCUUUUAGUUACUUGGAGCUGUGUAAUUUUCUUGUGGUCUGCCAAGUUGCAUAUUGGAUAGAUCACUGACAUCGAGAGAAUUUAAAAUCUAAAAGCUGAUUUGUAAGGUCUUACUUAUGUGCCAAUAAAUAAAUCAAAUAAAUGCUUAUUUUUCAAACUUUCUAUGGGAAUGUUAUGCCAGAAAUUAGUAAAUAAUACUUCUUUUUAGAAAAAAAUGCAUUAGAAAUUGCGAUACAGAAAAUAUCAUGUAACUUUUUACAUAGCUCAUUUUAUUAAGAUCAGUUGUCUGGUUGUAUCUUUUGAUAGGCAUGAGGGGAGAAUCCACCACUAUAGAAUUUUGAGAAAUGAAAAGAAUGGCAACUUUUACAUGCAGGUCAGUAGAUGACAGAGUGUGCAAUGAUCAUGUUUUUUAGUGAGAAAGGAGUCAUUUGUUAUGCACUACUUUCUCUCUAUGAUAUCAUUAUAACAUUAUUUUGUUUUACAUUAUGGAUAUUAAAAAUUGACUCGGCUCCAGCUAAUGGUUUUGGAAAGUUAAAAUGUGUUUGACAAGAAUUCAAUUAAUAAGAGAUGAUGGGAACUCUUCUGCACCCCUCAAAGGAGAUCGACCAACAGCCUUGAUAACCUACCCAUGCAGCAGAAAAUUGAGGAGGUAAUCAACCAGCUGAACUCCGAUGAAAAAAUCCCCUCAUAGCUUUACAAAGCAGAGGAGCACCUCACUAUCCCCACCUUGAUCUGAUUGGAACUGGAAGUGCUCCAACAGUCCAACAAGAGCAGAAACAUCAAAUAUAGAAACUACUGUGGUACAGUACCUCCCUCCAUUUGUUUGAUGGCAAAAAACUGGUACACAUUCUUCUCAACCAUUUAAUCUCUGCUAUCUAUGAACCUGAAACUUGACCUGUACACUGUGUUCAUCUCCCUUACGAAAGGGUUUGGCACUGUCACCUAUUAAUUCCUUGUGUGGGACAUCCUAAUUUAUGCUUAGUUGUCCAGAAAGUUGGUCAACUUGAUAUACUCUUUCCAUGAGAAUGUGACAUUGUCAACUGCAACACCUUGUGGAAAAUCUUCCUGUAGAUUGUCUGCACAUGCCCUCAGAGGUUUGUUAACUUCCUCUGUCCCUACUUUGAAGGAUCUAACAUCUCAAAGGUCAGAGGUGGGAGGAAGGCUGCUUUUGCUAACCUACCUAUGCUGCCUUACGAUGGGGCUCUACUGUGGCAUACGGAUCACGUGCAAGCACAAGAAUUGCGAGCACAAGGUGAACUGGAACUGGGCCUGGAAAUUCAGCAAUGAGGACAGCCUGUGCAUCACCAAAACCUCUAGAAUCAGCAUGUGUAGAGAGAACAUGAAAUUUGUGGCAUACAUAACCAGGAUGCAGAAUGAUGUACCCAGAAAAUUAUGUGCCCUGCCCAUCGAAGUGGCCAACCAAGUUACUGGUGAAGACUAGUAAAAACUGCAGGUGUCAAGGCUAUGCAGUUUUAUAAAGCAAUGUAUAACAAGACUGACCUUAACAAGUGGAUUCACGAUGGCUUUGAAAGAGGCCCACACUCUUCAAGCAUGGUAAAAUCACACACGGGAUGAAACCCUUAUGAUGAUGAUGAUGUUGAUGCAAGUCCGCCAUAAUUGGCACAAAGAUGUUAUUUUCUAAAGUAACAGACAAUGAAGGAUGAUGAAAUUGAGCCUGAGAUGGGAUCUUACAUUUAUUACAUUGGUGUUUGCAUGGUGUUAACAGAAUUAUUACCACCUUCUGGAAUGAUUAGUCUUCACAGUUCCCCAUUGAAGAGGAUUUUUGGAUACCAUGAGAGUUCCGGAGGGAAAAUCAAAUCAAGAAAGGAUAGUAUGGAAUAGGAAAGGAUAAGUUAUUGUUAGGAAGUAUUCAACCUUGAUGCUCCACCACAUUAAGGUCUUAUUUCUUUGGGUAUUGUACAAAAGACUCAUGAACAGUUAGAGUAGCAAAUGUGGAGGACAUUGUUUAUGCCCCUCGUACUCUCCAGCAUUUUUAAGAGGCAUUGUAACCACUUAGGAACAAGAGAUCCACUUUUAGAAGUGUUUGUGUAACUAACAAGUGGAGACACAUCUUAAAUUUAUAAUCAAAUGUGCCAGCAUUUUCAGUUUGUAAUAAGACUUAGUUUAAGGAUCUUCUAGCUUGUAUUUAGUUUUCUUUUCAAGUUAUUAUGAAUCCUAGUGGUAAUUAGCAUUCAAGGAUCUUUUGUUAUCUUGUGCAUAUCCUGUUGCAGAUUUAUGUGUUUGUACAUGAUUGUAUAUAAAUGAUUGUAUAUAAAUGAACAACAGCUAUGAACAUUCUCUGUUUCAAGAGGCAAGGAGUUUCCAAAGGUUAAAAUUUGAGGAAGACUAUGAACUUUGGGGUACAGAUGAUGUGUAAGGGCAAAUAUGCAAGCCUAAUGUGUGUUAUUUUGUUUAUUAUCCUUUAAAUACUUUUACUGUGUGUAUGAUGCUUUGUUUGCAAAAAAGCUAAGCAAGAGCAUUACAGGUCACAUGAUGCAUUUAGACUGACUAGAUGCAAGCAGUCAAAUUUGAUUAAAAAAUAUCAGUUGUUAUCUGAACAUAACUUGCUUUUAUUUUAGGCAGUUCCUGGGGUGUCUCCUCAAGGUUUCAACAAGUUAGAAGACUUGGUCACAUUUUAUAGUCAGGGAAAUCAGGGUCUGCCAUGUGAGCUGAAGCACCCUGCCGUGCCAGAGGAUAAAGAUGUCAUGGAUGAUGACACUGGUAACACAUUGAUGAGUUACUUCUGUAGUUGUUACCGUUUAGUAAAGAUAUCCUUUGCUCUCUGUUAUAUAAGAUUACAACUCAAAAAUGCCUUAUGGAAUCACUGAGUUGGUCUGACUCAUUCACUUCUCACAUUAUUUGUUUCAAGCAUUCAAGUCAAGAAAACAGUAGGAAAAUUGAGAGUUCUGAUAACCUAGAUGCAAGAUGAUGCAAGGCCAUGUUAAUAAGUGACGUAUCAGUUAGCACUUGCAGCAUUGUACACAAAUUCUAUGGCUUGCCAUAAAGGAUGGAAUAUUUACCUGCUUGAACUUAAGAUCAACUUUCAUGUCAAUUGAUGUUAAGAUUAUCAUCAAGCUUAAGAAUAAAGCUUUAACUUAGUAUGUUUUAUAAAAUUUUAGAUGAUGAAGAUGACGAUCUUGAUGAGCCAGAUGGGAAACAGAUCGGAAGUGAAUAUGACUUCCCCCCUCAAUUUAUGCCUAAUAUAGAUCAGUUAGACUCAGGAAGGUACUUUGAAUUGCAGUUAAAUAACAUAAACAUACAUAUAUAUUGCAUCUUAGAGACCUCUCAUUUUUAUCUAAUAUAAACAGAGAUGUAUCUGUUUUGUCUCUCAAAUGCAUAAGGUGCAUAAGAUCUAAAUGAAGCAUUAUUAGUCAGUGAUGAUCAUUGAAUUGUCUUCUUUGCUGGGACAGAGGCAAUCUCUACACCUGGGUUCCUUCCUCAUGCCCCUGGAGUAGAGUAGAAAAAAAGGACCCUAACAAAAGAGGCAGUGAUUAGUGAUAAUUAUAUUUUAAAAUGAAAGAUUAAAAUAAUAGUCGUAACUAAUGAUAAUUUAAGUUCCUUUAUUAGUCAUUCAGAGUAAAUUGUCAGCCAUAAUUCAUUGUCAAGGCUAAUUCUAUUUGUUUAUUAUAAUUGAAAAAUCUUGUCAGGUCAGGUGAAGGAUUUACACCUGCUCUCAGUAUGUAUCUUGGAAGUGGGAUAAGAAAGGACAUGGAGGCAGCUGCUAGAGGAAAACUUGAUUUGGAAGAAAUGCAACAAUUGCUUGCCAAAAGUUCCACUAGUCUGAUUGCGUAAGUUGGUUUGCAUAAUAUUUUUGACAGCAUAAUAGUUGAAUCAGGAUGAAAUGUUACUAAUAAUAUACUAAUACCCUAUUCACACCAGCAAAACAUGUUUUGUUAAACUGGUUUUACUGAAUGAAAAUCAUAAACAGUGAACUGAAAAAAAGUUUCCCAUAGGGUUCAAGUAUUAGCUAACUUGUAUUUCCAAUGUGCUAUAUUUUAAGUAAAAACAUACAACAAAACAGCUUUAAAACAUGUUUAAACUUUAGUGUGAACAGAGUAUAAGUUUUUUUUUGUUUUUAACAAAAUGCUUAAAAUGAAACUAUGUGUUUAAUUAUUUACUGAAAGGCUCCUGGAUCCAUUGUGAAGGUUGGAAAUCUGGUCAUUUAGGGAGUUUUUCUAAUGAAAACAUAAUGUUUGUACAAAUAAACAACUCCACCUCUCCAAGAGGCCUCUUCCUUUUAUCUCAUUUUGCUUUUGAAGAACAAACUCCCUCAAAAGUUCACUGCAGCUGUAUAUUACAAUGACUGGUUGGUGUUAAAAUGGGACUUUGCCUUACUUGACAAGCAUGACAUACAGUAUUACUUUUACUUUACAAUGAGUGUAAACAUAAUGCAAAGUAAUAUCUAUAACUAAGGUCAGGAGUUUGAAAUGGGCUGCCUUUUUAAAGCAUUUAGUUGUUCUUGAAUAAUUCAUUAUUUCUAUUGAGUAAGCAUAAAAUUGACUCAAAGAGUGCUACUUCUUUCCAACACCAGUGACCUUGCAUAAUGAAUAAAUAAUUACCAUUUUUUACACAGAGAAUUGCAGUUUUUCUUGUCAAGAGUGAACAUGCUGGAGAAUGUUUUUAGUCUUGGAGACCAACAUAAGCUGGUACAUUAUUUUGUAAAAUUUUGUAAAUUUAUGCUCUUGUAUAGUACUUCAUAAAGUGUUCUUCAGUUGAUACAGUUAAUUUUUUAAAUUUUUUAUAGUGUCUGAUUCUCUAUAACUUAGUGGACAACAAUUCUUGAACUCACCAAUUUUGUUACCCUGGCAACUUACUAUGUUCUAGGUCUCCCUGAUUCUAAAGAAUUUUCUUGCCAUCUUCAGCAUUGCAUUUGCCAAUGAAUGAUACCUUCAUUGCACAAUCCUGUAGUUGUAGGUGCUUGGUUUACUUCUAGACCUGAGUUUGAAUUUCUUAGGCUUAAAUCAAGAUCAAGGGGACUGGAAAAAAUAAUAUCGCCAGUGAAACAGAAUUUGAUGAUAAUUCAUUGAUAGCCAGAACCACUGGUUGACAUGUAAUAUUAUUGGUUUCUAUAGCAUGAGUAGUGGAACGGACUGGUACACAUACCAGUUCUCUGAUUUGCAAUUUUUUUAUCUCAUAAACUCAGGAAGUAACAUAAAUAUCUGAACACAGAAACUACGGUUUUAAUCCCUUCAUAGAAUGAAAGAUACCUAGGUCGCCCACAAUUUCAAAUUGUGAAAAUUUGAUAACAAAAAUUUAGUAACAUGGUAAUUGGUGUUGAAGGUGCAAAUCCUUGAAUGCUAAAUACCUCAAGUAAUUACUUUUUGAAACUCUUAACUUUUUUGGUACAGAAAUGCUCGCUUCCAGAACAUUCAGCAGAAGUAAGUAAUUGUCACCUUCUAUCAUUUUGAAAUGAUGAAGAGAAAAAGAUUAUUGUUGACAAACCUUAAAGGUUUCAGAGGCUAAAGAGAUUCCCUUCUGAGUUUUUCCUCAUGGGAACUUGAAUAUAAAGAAAAUUUUCAGUCACAAUCCCUGUAAUUGUCUGGGAAUGCUAAGUAAACAUGAAUGAUGCCAUAAAGGAAUGACUCCAUAUGGGAAUAGAUGAAAACAGAGUUUUUGGAAUUCAAAUGGGGUUUUACUAAGGUGGUUGUUAGUGAAGUGUUGAUAUCUGAUAGCAUGAAUAUAAAUAUACCUUUUCUUAGUUCGUAAACAUUUCUGUUGUGAUCUAUAUAUUGAAGAUUAGAGGUGUAUCGCAUUUUAUGCUCUACAGUGGCUUGUCUUGUCUUAAAUAGGAAGAGCCAACCUUCAAGUUGCUGAUGGAUCUCCUAGCAGAAAGCAUCGCAGGAGCAAAAUCAUUACAAGCACAGGUGUGUUUGUUUAAUGCAGUCUUAUUCAGAAUAGUCAAUAGGUUUGUGGAUCAGGGCAUCCUGCAAUGUUCAGUUGGUUGUUGAGUUGUUAAUGUUUUUGUCAAGUUUAAGACUUUGAGAACCCAGAAAUUCAGUUACUUUGUAAUUUGGUGCUACUUUCUACAGAAGCAUUUAGAAACAUUUAGUCUGUAGAUAUACAAUAUUAUGCCGUAAAUCUAUAGUGCAGAGAGUUUCAAAGUAUUGCUGAUUUGAAUUACCAGAAUUUUUAUUGAAAUUAUGUUGCGGUGACAGAUUGGGCCAAAAAAAUAGCAUGAAUUGUUGGAUUUACAUACUGCUAUGUAUGCACUUUGUCAGGUUCCACCAUCAGCCAAACUGGUUUGUGUGGUUAACUAGCAUGGGUCUAAUCAUUUGUAAUAAAUCUUCAAGGCUUUAUCCCCAAAGCUUCUGAUCUCAGUAAUGCUGGCCAAUUUACAGGAUGUUUAACACUUGGACAAAUGCUUUUCUUCCACAGGCUGUCAAUGCCUUGAGGGAAGUAGCAAGUAUUAACAGUGAAGAAGAAAAACAGGAACCUGAACGUAAAACCCUGAUCUUUGAGGUUAGUCUCUUAAGACUUCCUUUAAUUAUUUUGCCUAACUAUUACAUGGUAUACUUGUAAACAGAAUGUACAUAUAGUUCAGAAAUGGAAGAAAACAUCCUUAUUUUUCUCCUUCUUGUUGAUUAGCCCAGUCUCGACCGUAAAUGGCUAAUAUAUUAAAGUCCUCUCUGCCUUGUUUAGGUUAGAAGUCUAGUCUAAAGAAGAGACUGAGAUAUACUGCAUAGGGCUUAAAUUAACAUAAAUAUAAACAAAGAAUGAAAUUGUCACCAUUCAGGAUUUGUGUCUAGCAUGACAGUUAUAAAGUUUUUAAGUAGUGAAGCCAGUAGGCUCAAUUUGGACCACUUUCUAAGGUCCAGUCUCUAUUUGUUGGUUCCUUUGCCAUACAGCAGUUGGUAAGGGAAACUGUGGAAGUGCUUAUAUAACUCAUAAACAAUGAGUUGCAUGGUUACACCAUUUCACCUAUGUUUUAUUAUACCAAUCUAGGUUCUUACACAGGGAAUGGCAUCCUCAAGCUUUAAAAACAAAGUGUACAUCUUGGUUAAUUUUGCUGAAGGUAAACAGGGUCAAUAGAAUUGGAAUAGAGAGCUUUUCACUCAGUUUUUGAAUGUAAUGAUGAAUUACAGCAUUUCAUCCUUAAUUAAAUCUCCGUGCACUAGAGCUUGGUGGAACUUGGUACAUCGGGUUGGGAGUAAUUACCAACAGAGCUUCAACCGUGGUAUUGUUAUCAAACUGCAAGUUAUGUGUGUGUAGGUUUUAAUUGAAAAGAAAUGCCUUAGAUACUGUACAUUGAUAAAAAUUUAUUUCAGGCCGGAUCUCCUUCUUGAAGAAUCCAAAUGAUGUUAUAGAUGCAAACAAUUCUUCUGAUCAAAGCAGAGGUACAAUUUAUUUUGUGGAAUCAAUUUUAAUAGUUGAGAAAAGUAAUUUUGUAAUCAGUGGUGAUAUGAUAUGUUUAGUCCACAUUUUGUAGAUAUAUAGCUUUUAUUUAAAUGGUGCACUGUUUCUGAAACUAUUCUCUUUUUGUGAUAGUUCUUCAGUUGGUUAAAUCAAAAGAUAAUAUGAAGAGAUUGAGAAUGAAGCUUGAGUCCAAACCUUCCAAGGACUUUGAGUUUGAUGAUGGCAAGGUAACAAUUUUUGCCACUUUUCUUUUUUCAUGUGUAGGAAUCUGUGAUGCUUUGAAUAAACAGUAUGAUCACCCUUUCUGUUCUCUUCAAUUACAUAUCUGCCUGUCAGACUACCUUCAACUUUUUGCUUUUCAACCUUCAACUCUACAUGUACUCACAUCAAUUUUGCUGUUUUGCUAUUUUUUAAUGAUUUACAGUGUUAUAUGAAUCAAAAACAAGAUAAGGCCUUAAGACUUAUUGAAAGUGUUUUUAUUACUUUUAAUACUUUAAAGUAUGUGCAGGGAAGUUUUUGAAACUUCAUCUUACUUUCAAGUUGAUGCUUGAGUAUAUAAUUCUUUUAUGGCUGGCAGAGCCUGUGUACUGAUUGGCUAACUGAGCCCUAUCUUGCCUCUUGGGAUUGUCUGCUUUGAUAUCGCACAAAGGAAAAAUAUAUGAAGUGGACUUACAAAGUUCAUAAUAUUUAAUACUUGUUAAUGUAGAUGCAAAAAAAUGGCAAAAGACAAUCAAAACAAAGCAAACAUGAACAAUUAACACUCAUUAACACUCAAACAAGACAUUUAACAACAACCAUUGUACCUUGCCAAAUACCUUUGUGUCCUUUAUUAUAAGCAUUUCUGUGAUUGGUAUAAUAUCCGCAAUAUUAAGAGUCUACCAAAUGUUUGUGCUAUUUACAUUUCAAGCACCUGCACUAUAUUGACAAAGUGAUGCAUUGUUUCAUUUGUUUCUCUCCAUUUGCAGUCCCGUGAGUUGUUUUGUCAACUUGUGCAGCUGAUGAAGAAUCAGCACUCUAAAAGUGAACUGAAGACCCAAGUGAGAAUCUUUAUUGGGACAUGGAACAUGGGUAGGACAUUUGAAAACUGUGAUGUAAGCAAUCCAAAGGAAUAACUUAUUUAAGGGGAAAACCUAACCUGGAGAGAAGUUUUAAUAAUUUAUUCAGAUUAAGUUUGAUUUCUGACCCAAGCUCAAUAAUUUAGGUUAUGUAGUCUAGUGUCUGAUGUAGGUACAAAAAUUGAGCACUCUGAUCCAUUUUUGAAGCUACUGUAACUCAAACCAUUUGUUUAACUUUGUUUUAGAUACUACAUUUUAAAAUUCUGGACAAAGAAUUGCAAUUCAUCUAACAAAGACUACAUAAUCUUAGGAGUGUCCAACGGAGUCUGAAGAGUCUGGCAUGCUCUUGACAUCAUAGACUCCCAAGAUCUUCCUCUUUUUGCAAAAUAAAAUAAGAAAAGUCAUUUGGGUAAACAUUAAUUGAAGAUGCCUCAUUUUUCAGGUAAUGCAAAUCCUCCUCUUGAUAUCAAAUCCUGGCUCAAAUGCCAAGGUAAUGGCAAGACAUUGGAUGAAGCCAUGACUUUCCUUCCUCAUGAUAUCUAUGCAAUUGGAACACAGGUAUUUAUGGACCUAAAAUGUUUUAUCAGGCUGGUGAAAAUAUUAUUUGAUAUAUUCCCUUACAUUAUCAGUGGUUGUUAAGGAAAUCAGUGCAUCAUAUAUUUCAAACGAACUUUUACAAUGAGAUCAUGUUUAUCAAGAGAUAUGAAACUUACAAUUUUCCAUAGACAGUAUUUUGGUACCCAAUGCCUUUUUACCCACAAAAAAUUAUGAGGGUUAUGUACUUUUUUUAUCAUAGGUAGGACAUUGAAUUGGCGUCAUAUUUUGCAUCUUUCUAGCUUAAGGAUAAAUAAACACUUGCAGAAAACUUAAAUAAAUAAUUUGAGUAUCAGCCCUUUAAUUGAGUGAGGCAAAACAAACAAAGCAAAAUUUAUAUGCAAACUAUUCAUUGUGAACACACUAGGGGCUUUCAACAGAAAUGAUUUUAGCAGUAUGCAGGAUGCUCAUCAAAUGUAAAUUUCAAUCUUUCCUUGUACACAAGAGAGUUAUUGUUUGUUUAUUUUGCCAAUUUUUUCUUUAGGAAUGUCCAGUUAGUGAAAGAGACUGGAUUUCCAGAAUAAAAGAUGACUUAAAAAAGUUCUAUCCUAGCAAGGAAUUCCACAUGGUAUGUUAUUUCAGCUUUGGUUUGUCUUGCUGAGCACAAGAGGUAAUGCAGAUUCAUUUCAUCAGGGUGCACCUAGUGUGGGUGGAAGAUAAUCUCUUGGUUGCCGUGGCAGAAAAAUGCAAAGGGGCUUCAACUCUUAAUCCCAACAAGUUUGGGUUCUUUGUAGCAAUCUAAACUGCCUUCUUAUCCAGUGUGACAUCAUUGCUUAGGGGCUUCGCCAACAUGACAUCCUAUGCAGUUUGAUAUCAUCAGUCUUUCUCUGCUCUGAUGACCAUGAGAUGGAACAUACAGACAGUGCUGUAGGACAAGAGUAUUUUCAUUCACUCUGAUUGAGUAACCAAUAAAUUACUAUGUCUUUCAAAGGUCUUAUUUGUACCAGCUUUUGUACCAAGUGCAGUUUUUAGCAAUGGUAUCUAUUUUGCACAUGCUCAAAAUUAUCCAAAGACAUGGAGUUUGAAGGGGUUAAUCUUCCCUUGGAGGGACUCAGUGAUUAUGUAGAGUUCUAAAUUUCAUAAGAUGACACUAAGAAAAGGGUAACUAUUCUAUGAAAAUGAUUUUGAAUUCUGGAUUGCCAGUUGUUUCCUUUCCAACUUCAUGCUCCAGCCCUAUCUUGUUUGAAUUCACAUAGAGUAUUGUAUCCUUACCAUAAUUGCUUAGCCUGUUUUGUUUUUCUUAUCCCUCUAGCUUGCUGUGUGUUCAUUGUGGAGUAUUCGACUGGUUGUAUUUAUUAAUCAAGAUCUGAAGAAUAUGAUAUCUCAUUUACAACAGUCCAGUGUGAAGACUGGCAUAGCCAAUGCUCUUGGUAAGAACGUGAACUUUGAUCAUUGUCAUUAUAUCGCUUAUUUUCAUUGUGUUGUGAUACAGUCUGUGAUGCUUUUUUUAUGAUUUUAUCUGUACUCAGUUAUAGAUUUUUAUGUCUUCACUCAAUGUAAUCGAUUCUUUAAAUGUUUAGGGUGCGUCAGUUGUUUGACUAUAGGCUUUAAGUGUCUUCUUAACUAUAUUUUUUGACGCACAGUAAAUCUUGGGUAGCACAUGGAAAUUGUAAUAGUGAACAGAUAUCCACUAAAGUGAACAUGAAUAGUGGUGGGUCUUAACAGGGCCAAGGAGCAGUAUAUACUGAUCACGAUUAUUGUAUCAAGCCUGCGCUUUGGAUUGAAAUUACUCAAACUUGUUAAAAACCAUUUGUUCUACUAUUGAUCAAUUCAUCAUCUCUCAUUUUUUGACAGGAAACAAAGGUGGAGUAGGUAUCUCUUUCUCUCUGGGUCCACUUUCCUUGUGUUUUAUUAAUUGUCAUCUGGCAGCAAGAGGUACUCCUGCAAGGGUUCGGAGGUGACUAAGAAAUAAAACCGUUUAGGUUUUUUGUCUUGAGAUUUUUUUAUUUCCAUUAGAUCUAAACCUUGACUCUUUUAAGAUCUCUCAACUGACAGAAUGGAACCUUCCUUGUGAAAGGAAUGGAAUGUGACAUCAUAUGGACUUUUCUUCAGCCUGUUCCAGGCACUCGAUGACUACAAUUAAUAGAACAAAGCGCGAUGGUAAACGGCAUUAUAGUAGCGGAGGAGUGAAAAAACGAGAGAGGUUGGGUCAUGUCGCGUAAUGAACGACCCGCCCCACACCUCCCUCAGUUUCGCUCUGCCGCUACUAUCGCGCAGUUCACUAUUUGGCUUUGUUUUACUGAUUGAACGCCUGGAACAGGCUAACUUUCUUUCAACUUCAUUUUGACAUAGUUUUGUUUGCAUGGAGCGUUUUGUUUUCCUUGUACUUUGUGUCAGCUUAUUGGCACAGCCUAAAAGUAAUUGAAGUUGUGGUUGAGACAACUGAACCUUUGGUUGUUUCAAACAGUGUCUGUGUGAUAUCAAUGUUUUGCGCUAAUGAUCUCUUUUACUUAACUUAUUCAUGUUAGUAACCUUACAAGACUAGGGGAGAGGGCGAUAUUGAAAGUGCUACCGCAUGAAUUUAAUAAUUACUAAACUCUCUUCUAAAAUACAAAAAUCGGCUCGUUUUAGUGGUAAUUUCUACAGAAAGUUCUCUCAAUGUCACCUUGUGCCAAAUUGAUAAGAAUAAGGUCGCAGUUAUUAAUGGUCUUUUUGUGUUCAUUGUAGGCGGAAUCAGAAUUUUCUUGAUAUUCUCAAGGGGCUCAAUUUGGGUCAAAAAGGUGUAUUUGGUAUCACUCAUCAGUUCCAUCAUGUCUUUUGGUUUGGAGAUCUUAAUUACAGAAUAGAUAUGGAUGUUCAGGUAAGGGAAAGAAGCUUUUGUCUUUCUCUUUUACCCCGAGGUUAUUUCAGUUACUUCAAACAAUGCAAGAAGGAAAGGUAACUAAGACGGAGAUCCGCUAUUUUGUAUUUGCUUUUCCAAGUUAUUCUACUCACAACAAUGUCGAACAGAAACUGUCUUGUUUCCUUGACUUUCUGCCUUAAGAUUUAACUGAGGUAGUAAAAAGACUCUAGAGCUGGCUGUUUACAGAAAUGUGUGAAAAAAUAGAGUUUUGCAAAGAGCAUUUUUUUUAACCAAGGCAGCCGUAAUAAUUUCUUACUAACCGAGCGUGAGGACCGUACUGUGGAAUAUUGGCCCGAGGUCGUGGUAGUAUGGACCGAGGGCUGCGAGGGCUGCGAGGUCUGUGCAGAAACGACCGAGGGCCAAUAUUCCUCAGUACUGCUCAAGCAAGCGAGGUUAGUAAGUAGUUUAUUACAUGACGCUCGGACCAAACAUUUUUGUCUUUAUUUUGCCGGCUUUGGCGAACAAGAAUACGCGGCUUAGACUUAUGACCGUUCAUGGAAACGGUCUGUAUGGCAAAAUCCCGACCGAGUUAGAACCAAUCAGAACGCUCCGAUUUAUCUUACGACUACCUUGCCAUAUUAUAACCAGCCAUAUCUGAUCAGUUUUAGCUUUGGAAAUUUUCAGAAACAAGAAUUAUAUGAGAAUAGGAAAUGUUCCUAUAAUAUACUCUGAAGUGUCCAUUGUUCAAAUUAUCAAUCAAAGAACAUUUUACCAGGGGUGUUUCCUUAACCUAAACGGAAGUCUUUAUCAGAGUCAAGCUGGAGUCAAUCUUUAAUAACAAUCUUCCAUUCAGGUUCUUGAGACGUCGGGUCACUUUCACCGGAAAUAGUCCCAUUGAGGACUUCCUUUGCCCAAAUGAUCAUAGAGCACCAUCAUUGUAUUUUGUGGCCUUCAGUACAUAUGUUCUGCGUCUCAACCUGCACUUCUUGUUUGUAGGAUGUACUCAAUGCUGUAAGAGCCAAUCAUUUUACUAAGUUGAGAGAUCACGACCAAUUAAGAACAGAGAAAGAUAACGAUGCCGUGUUUGUUGGAUUCGGUGAGAUUUGAAAUAAAUGUUCAACCUAUCUAAAGUUUACUUAAUAUUUAAUGUAUACCACAAACACGCGAAGCCUUCUUUGAGAGGUGCAUAUUUCUGAUUUUUUUUUUUUUUUUACCAUUCGUUCAUUUAAAUCUGAUUUCUGAGAAAAAUUUUAACAAUUUCAGAGGAAGAAAUGAUUACCUUUGCACCAACAUACAGAUACAAGAGAGGCAGUGAUGAAUACAUCUGGGAGAAGACUAAGAGAACAGGGGUAAUGUUUGCCUUGAUACUGAUACUACUGCUUCAAUGAUAAUAUUUAGAGAUCUGAGAUAAAUCACCAACAAUGGUCUUACUGCAGGUGCUGAUUAAUGUACCAUCUUGGUGUGACAGAGUAUUGAAGCAUUCAUAUCCGCAAUCUAAGAUUUCCUGUACUUCAUACGGUAGGUGUAGUCCUUGUCUAACAUUCCCCGAAUGCACACCCAUCCCUCUCGUUCAAACGAGCUAAAGUGAUCGCAAUCAACGCGAAUAGAGUUCGAUUGUGAUCAGCAAUCGAGGAAAAUCCAAUCCACUCACGUGUGAUCGAACUUAAUAGGACGUUCGAUUUUCAACCUUUUGAUUCUUGUAAAAUUGGAACUCAAAAGAAAUGGCAAAUUCUUAAAGGCUCCAGUACCUCAGAAUAUGCUCAGGACUGCAGCACGCGUUUUCUGUAAACGUUUAAAUUUCGGAGAAAUGGGUUUAAUUAAAUUCAUAGCCUUAAAAGCAUUAACGUAGUGGUCAUGUCCAACGCAAUCUAAUGGACUGGGUCCGACUUUGUGCGAUUUGAGCGAACAUUCAAUUUCCUAAAUCCACGGUUAAAAUGUGAGGAUUCCUUGGUGAACUCUUGUGGGAAAAAAAAGAGUUCAGGCCAAUUUAUGUGAAAAUUUUGCAUUUAUUUUAACACGUUGGUAGCCUUCGUCAGGGUCCCGUUUCAAUAAGAUUUAACAGUAGAUUGCUCUAAGGAAAGCGCCGGCUUUCUCUACCAUUCUCUUUCAAAGUGGUUGUGGCAACAAGUAUUGUUAAUCUUGUAGGUUGUGCUGCCACCAUCAAAUCAAGUGACCACUGGCCUGUCUUCUGUACUUAUGAUAUGUCCCUACCAUUCACUGUUUCACCUGGUAAUUUUUACCUUUAAGUUACUACUUUGAUUGACAGAGGCACUUGCAUAUUACACAAGCCAUUGCUUGGAAAUUUCAUGUGAAGACUUGAAAUAACCUAACUUGACGACUCUAAGAAAGGUUAGGGAUAAGAAUAUGCCCAACUUUAUUGAAAACACUGAUUUACCUUGACCAGUCGCCCAUAAUUUAUAAACAUGUUAUAGGUAAUGACGCGAACUAACGAUUUGAUUUUGAAAUCAGCCAGUUUUCUUUAAAUAGCCAGGUGAGCCAAAUGUUCAGUUAAUGGCAGCGUAUUUUCAGAAGCUAAGGUCAUGGACCAUUUCCUUCCUUCUUUAAACAUGUUUGGAUCAUUUUCUUUGUUUUUUUUCUCCAGAUCAAAGUCUUCCCAGGAGUCCCGUCUCUGGACAGUGCGUCAUAAGGUUUCUUAGUAUAAGCGCUAUGGUAAGUGAUCAGUUCUAACCUCUAAAAAUCUUAUUUAGUGAUACUUGGUAGCACCUAUCGUGGCUAUAUUUACAAGUCCAUUGUCAUUUUUAGUUAUGAACUGAAGACUUCAUUAAACCCUGUAGAAAAGUAGUUUAAAACCUGUUGUUCACAACCAAUGCUAGUAGCUCCGUUUUGGCGUCUAAACUUCUAGAAGGAGACUCGGCCACAAGAAGUUUGAUUUUUUUUCGGUUGCCGUAAGCUUCAUAACAUAACUCUCUAAAGACAGAGUCCAAGCAGUCUUAAUUGGGGGAUUGUGACUGGGUUGUUGAAUUAGUUGGAAAGAAUUUGGUAACUGUGAGUGGGGAAGGUGUUUAUUGUGAUUUUAGUCUACCCUUUUCAUCUUUACAGAUCAAAACCACCAGCAAAACACAGUACUACGUGGAAUUUCACUCCACGUGUUUGGAAGGUAAGUGAGAAAAUUAACUUGAUUGAGAGCGAGUUAUGGAACCACAGAAUAUUCAAUAAUUUUAAAACAAACCAGAGAAACUAAAUCAGAAUUUUGGCCUUCAACGCUGGAAAAUUAUUUUUUUAGGCGAUAAAUGUGAAUCAGAAUGUUUGUGUCAUGUAACAGACUACUGUUGUUGUACCAAACAUUUGCUUGGGCCAUUCUGGGGGCGUUGCAGGUCUACAGUAUGAUUGUUCAAUCACUUAUUCCACUUUUCUUGUUUUAUCUUUCCUUGUGUCUUUGUUUUUCUUUCUUUUUUUUUCUCGGUGUCGUAACAGAGAUGAUGAAAACAGAAAAAAACAUGGUGAUUGACUCACCUAAAUACCUUCAGGAGAAACAGUAUGUUUUCCCCGCGUGGGGAAAAGAAGUUAUCCCUCCAGUGAGUAGCACUCAUCUAGUAUUCUCAUUGGUCAAUUCAUUCUGAUAGUCCCGGAUUCAAUACCUUUGUAACAUGGUAACCUUUGUUCCCUUACUCAGCUUCAUCCCAUAAUAUCAGAUCAUAAAUUCAUUGAAGAGCAGUAUCUCUUGUUGGCCAUCAAGUCCGUAGACAACGACGAAUCUUACGGUAACGUUCUGUUGUAAAUAUGUGACACUUAACUUUAAGUCAUAAUUAUUAAUUAACUUUCGAAGUUUGAUGAUGAUGGGGAUUUAGUUUCAAUUUAGCUCUUGCAUCUUAUUGGUUGAGAGGGUGGCACAACGUUUUGGACCAAUCUCAGCGCGCAUCAAAGUGAAACCAAAGCAGUCCCGGAUUAUUUUUAAUACUCAAUUGAAAGAUGCCCUACUAGGUUUUUAUGUCCACGAGAACAAUGUCACUCUUAGAAUUAUUUCUACUCAAAGGUUUGGUUUGGCACACAAAUGCACAGUGGGCUAUUCAGGACCGUGUUGUAAUUUAUAACACCAACGUUUUUAAGCCAUAUAAUGAACAACGUAUCAAAUUCGGCCCUUGCGUCGUUACUAGAAAAUCUCAAGCCUUUGUCUACCUUACUGUUGCACGGUCAAUUCGGGUAAGCCCUCACUUUUAGAUUUUUCCCUAACGAUCUAACUCUCGAUUGAUAAAUAGUAAAUUAAGGGAGGGAGUCGUAGUCUGCCGACAGUUCUUGGGAAAUAAUUUUUUUUACAGGAGAGUGCUGCAUUGCGCUCAGAACAAUGGUAAAUGUCAUUCCUCAGAAGCGUAAAAGUAUCAUACUAUCGCAUCUGGGCGAGAAAACUGGAGAAAUCAAGUAAGAUUACGUUCUGCUCGUGAUUUUAGAAGGAUCCGAUUGCUGUACACGUUACAAUUGAGUCUGUAUCUAAAAUUAACUAACUUUAUAAUUCACGAUUAACAUUGCAACUUGGUGACAUAAAAUCUGUAAUUUUAAUCGAUUUCUUCAAGUCUCAACAGUUUUUUUGGAAGAGGUACGUUGUCUGUCAUCCUGAAAUACAGCUGAGAACUUAAAAUGAUGUAGUUUUCUUUGUAGUUUUCUUUGUACCGGUGAAGGAAUAAGUAUCUGUUUCUCGACAGCAUUGAGAUGCACGUGAAGCUUCCUGACAACAACAACACAAAGAUGUCUUCACAGUCCUCUGGUAAUGAUUAACAUUGAAUUUAAAGCAGUUUUUUUACCGUCCGUUUGUUAGUGGUAGAACAACCUGUUGAGAUUACGAAUUUAACGGCAUUAAAUCAAAAUAAACAGGGGAAAAUGUCUGGGCGACAACCCGCUCAUUUCUUGCAGGCAGUGUCUGAUAGCGCUUUAUUUGAAAUAUUACAACCCUCCUACAAUCAUAGCGAACCGUCUUGGAUCAAUUAAGUACAAGCACAUGCAAAGUGCACAUCCUCUUUACUGUGCAAUCGUUUUCCAUUUUCAGUCUAACAGUGUAACUAUGGUCUCGCGAGGUAACUGUUCCUUUUGUUUCCAAGAAUAUUUCCUUUGCGGAGGGGAGGGGAGUGGAACAUCUUUAGAUCAGCAAUACUUUAUAAAAUCAUAACAUACCGUCUCAUAACGAAGUGAGUAUGCGCCCUUUAAGUGUUUUUCCAAGGUUUCGAAAAGAUGCUUGUCCAAGAUGGGUCACUACUGUUGUAAAAAGAUGUUAAGUAACUAAUGUCACUUUAUUUCACAUAGAUCUCAUUAGCGAGGCUAAUCUGGAAGAAAGUAAGUGUUUUACUUUUCUACUGAAAUGCUUUGAAAAUGACGGAGACUAUUCCUCGAGUUUCGUAGCUGCCAGGUCCUUUGUCAAUUGGUUACUGACUGCGGCGGCAAUGAGAAUGAGAUGUAUGGUGACAACUUUGUUAUUAAAGAUUGUAUAAUUCCUUUUACUUUUAGUCAACAGAAGAGGGUCAGUGAAAACGCCCCAGGUACCACAGCGCAAAAGCCUUGCGCCACAAGGUUGUUAACAGAAAUGAAAUAAAAUAUUCAUGAAUUACAUAACUUAAAUGUCCUCCGUAAAGGCUCCCUUCUCAUGGGUUUCAAGAGGCUGCCGAUGGUGAAUGGGGCGGCUGUGACACAUUCUGUAAAUAGUCGGUCGCUCGCCCUAAAGUCAGCACUGAGUGCCUAGUCAUUGAUAGUUAUCAAUAGGUCAUUGGGGGUCAGUCAGUAAGUUAGUCGGUCAGUCAGACAGUCAGUCAGUCAGUCAGUCAGUCAAUCAGUCAGUCAGUCAGUCAGUUCAGUCAAUUAGCUCGUCAUUCAGUCAGCUUUUUUUUGGCAAGAAUUCUGACAAUCAACCUAUUAGAAAAUAUUGGUGCCAGAAAAUAUUGAAGCGACACCAAGUUAAGCUUAAGAUUUAAUAGCAGCGUACACAAAUACUAAUUUUGGUUUUGUGAUGAUAUUCUAUUUCAGACGUGUUUUCGGCUGAAAAGUAAGUAUAGACUUACCCAUCUUACAAAUCUAUAAGUAACUAUUUUCAGAAUAUGUUUCUCAAUACUCAAACAAUCUUACAAUGUUGUCAAAAUAAAAUGUGCCCACUCGUCCUUUUGAAGCUUUUUAUCAUGCUCUAAUUCUAUACCGUACACCUCCACAUUAAUUUUCUUCGUAGCCGCAUCCAUUCUACUCUCACUGAGAUCACUUACUUUCGGUUGAAAACAUUUAACUUGGUUGUGUCUUUCUACCCAGGCAUGGCCACCGUGGUGAGGAUAUCCCUCCAGUUAUCCCUAAACGACAUUCGGCCCCUCAGACAGACGACACAAAGGUUGGUUUUUUUAUGUUCUUCGCCUUUAUUCGUUUGCUUCAACCAAGCUUGUUUCAUUUUCACCCUUAGUAGUACUGUGUGAGGUGAAGUCGGAUUCGUAAUGACCGGUUGUUUUAUAUUCGGAUACUUUUCCAUACGGUUUAAUGUUACAGUGUCGGAGGUCAACUUUCUCUGAGGGUGAAUUUUUGUUACGCAGUGUUUUACGGUAUUUUAAAAGCUCCUACCCGUCAAGUUUUAAGCUCUCAAAUUUUUGUUGGAUAAAUAAAUAAUAGCCUCCAUUUGGCGCGAAAUAUACACGGAUGUUUGUCCCCCUACAGUAUCUGUUCCGAGAUGCGAACAGUUCUCUAACAACGAAGCUCGCGGAAAACUGUGUGCUUCGAGGACCCGAUGAUGUCUAAGGACUAAUAUACCAGCAUAUUUUCGCGGCAAAUGGAGGCUAUUGUGUUUAUUAUCUUUCAAAUAUUUUUGCAACGCGUAUGAAAAAAAUAUUUUACGAACGUCUUACUGUUUACUGGAUAAGGUUUGAAAAUUGGGGAAUAUCACCUAGGGAAUAUUCUCGGAUACUCCCCAGUUUUCAAAAGCUGAGGCAUAUUCGGUCAAGUGCUACGUUUAGACCAAUCGCGCACAAGCAAAAAUAGUUGAUAGAUGGUGAUCAUUUUUAACGACUACGAUCUUUUUUUCAGGCGCCCAGGGAACCACCCCCAUUACCCGUCAAGGUAUAUACCUUUCUUUUGGUAAAUCAGAGCGGAAGUUAAUUCUGUAGAGUUUAUAUGAUUGUUUUAUGAAUAGUAAAAUUUGUAAUAGUUGUUCUAAAAUUCUCUCUAAGUCAAGAAAGUUGCCUUUUUUCAACGAAGAGAAUUGAACACGCUGCUCAUCGAACAAAAACUAGUUGAUUUCUUUUCUCUUUUUAAGUCACGUUGUAUCAACAUAUAUAACCCUCUAACCCCCUGAUUUCAUCAUAUCCCACAAAGGUAUCCUGGCGACCAUUGCAAUUGACAAAAUUUAACGUAUUUGAAUAUGAAUUUCUUGCUGUAUUUAUAGCAUCCUCUGCCAUCAAUUCUCUUAACUUUUCUGUAAUAGAAAUCCAAACCCAAAACAGUUGAGCAGAUAAUGGACAGAAUCGGACUUCCUCAGUUCACAACCAACCUCCUAAACUUUGGCGCAGAUAGCUUGGAGCUUCUCUGUCAGUUGUCGGAACAAGAAUUGUUAGAAGCCGGUAUUCCCAAUGACUAUCAUAAUAUGGUGAGAUCAGUUUGUAUUGAAACGUAAUUAAAUACUGUUAAGUAUUCGCAACCUCUCAAAGUCGGUAUGUGUGUGUGUUUCUUCUUUUUUGCUGUACGUUUACAUGACGAAAUUGAUGUUUAUCCGAUAUCCGAGCAAAAAUAGAUUUGACAGGACAACCUGACCGGCGCCUACCAGGAAGUUAUUUCGAGCCUUCCAUCUAAGGCAUCUUACCCUAUGAGAUUUAACCCCAUGCGGCUCAAUGCAGAGAUUUAUGUGGCAUAGUCAGCGUUUGCUAACAGACUAAAAUGCCUAAAGAUCGUCUUUCACUUAAAGUUCAAAGAAAAGGAUAACAAUGUCACGUUGAACUGAGGUUGGUCGAUAGUGAACCCUAUAAUAGACUGUUCAACUGUGGCACAAAUGGAAACUGAUGUGUCUUGCUGUUCCCUUUCAGAUUCUUGGUGCCAUCAAGAAAUACGCAAAUUAAUUGGAUGAGUAAUCAUGACUUCAACUUGACAGUCCUACACUAGUUCAGUAAAUUGGAAAUAGUUCAUGUAUUAGGAAACGUGACUCAUAUUCUGUCAUCUAAUCUUGCUAGCCAUUACAUUGAUACCAUAACUAUUUUAAAAUGUGGAAAGGACUCCACAAAUACAUAUCUAGGGUUAAAUUGUAAUUAUUUGAUGAUUGUAUAAAAGAGUUUUCAUUGCUUGUGAUUUCCCAAGAGCAAUUGCAAAUGGCGUCUUUGGUUGGAGAGCAAAGCCAUUUUUACCAAAGACAUUAUUGCAAAUAGGUUUAGUUUAGUUGUGUAACGUGAUUUCCCGCAGGAAGGACAUUUUUGUAGAGAAAAAA